UUGGCCCAGCCUAUAUCACGGCUGCGUCUGUCCAGCCGAGCCGACUUCUCGCCGUCGUCUUCGUCGCUGGAAUCCCCGAGUCCGCCCCCCUCCGGGUUUCGCACGUAUCGUCGUCGAGAUGUACCAUCCCACGAGAGGCGGCGUUCGCGGCGGGCGAGAUCAGUUCAAAUGGGAUGAUGUUAAGGUUGACAAGCACCGGGAGAAUUACCUCGGUCAUAGCGUUAAGGCUCCUGUUGGUCGAUGGCAGAAAGGGAAGGACCUGCUGUGGUAUACAAGGGAUAAGCAAUCUGACUCGGAAGACGCUAUGAAGGAAGAAAUUAGGAGAGUGAAAGAGGAGGAGGAACAGGCCAUGCGUGAGGCACUUGGCUUAGCUCCCAAGCGUAGCAGUCGACCAAAGGGCAAUCGUUUAGAUAAGCAUGAAUAUGCUGAGCUAAUAAAGAGGGGAUCUACGGCAGAAGAUUUGGGAGCCGGCCAUGCUGAAGCAGCACAAGUGCAAGGAUUAGGUUUAUACAAGGCUCCUCACAACGAGGAAGAACCAAUAUCUCUUAGUCCUGACCCUCCUGGAACGGAGCCUGAGCAGAUUGACUUUGCACCUGCAACGAAGCAGGAAGAUUCUGAGGAUGAUAGGAAGGGGAAAAGGCGGCGCGAAGAGAAGAGAGGGGAUAAAGAAAAAGAGCGGAGGCGUGGAAAGCACUAUGAGGGAAAGGAGAGCAAGCGGGACAAGUAUGAGAGUAGACACAAGUAUGAGAGUAGACACGACUCGGAGGACAGGGAGAAGCGCCACCGCAAGGAUAAGCAGAAGAGGCAUGAUUCUGAUUAACGUAGCAGGCUAGCAGUGCUGCAGCCGUAUUGCUACUGUACGCUCUUUUUCAUGACGGAUGCUACUCUUGCUUGAUAAUGUAGUGUAUGAUCGAAUUCUGCUGUCUAUACUGUGACCCUGUUUAGCAGAAACACAUAUGCAACUGAGGACGGAAUCACAUAACUUUGUUGUGCCUAUUGAAGAUUGAAAAGAUGGUGGUGUUUCAUGAUGAA